CUACUGUGUAGUAUUUCCUACUGUGUCUAUCUAUCUAUCUACUGUAGUUACUACUUGUUAACUUCGUAUUGCCUGACAAUGAGGACGGGUGUGAUCAGACCACACCUAAAAGCAAAUCCCGCAGGUGCCUGCGGCGAUGGGAGUAAAUAGGUACUUUGUCUGUGUUUCUGUGUCAUUCGGCCCACCUGACCAUAAGGGGAAGGGGAAGGGGGCUUGGAAGGCAUGGCGGACAAGGCGGUUCUGCCCCAAUGUUGGAUGUUGGAGAGCUGGUUUCACGAUUGUUUCAAGGGAGAUAUUCGAUAACAAGAAUAUUAUUACUGCCCGCCCCCAGCAUUUCUGUAUUCUUCAUACAGUGAACUAGUCUAGAUCCAGUUACCAAUCACUUAGGAGCCGAAGAGAGUCAGGAUGAAAAAGCUAAGUAGUAG